AUCCUGUUUAUAGUAUCCUUCCUCCCAAGAUAGGAUAACCCAAUGAUACUACGGGGUCAAUUUUUAUUUGUGAUUGAUAUAAAAUUUUGAUUUUAACACAAGAUAAUCAAUCGGUAAUACACAUUUCGGUUCAAGAAUUUCUGCGAUUGUUAUCUGUAGCUUAUUUAAGGUGACGAUAAGUUGCUCUAAGACAAACUCGUGUUACAAAGUCAAACCGAUCAGAUAUUAAAAGUAAAGGUGUCAAUAUUUGUCAAUAGUGCAAUGUUCCGAACGGUAUUUUCUUCUUUUAUCGUGUUUGGAACCCUGACGUUAUGUGCCUGCAAUGCUGACGAAGAGGUUGGUCUACCGUUGACAGGGGCAAUGAAAGCUGUACUGAAAGCCGACUUCGACGUAUCCAGUCUGAACGCACAACUGAAAACUUUUAUCGAGAAGGAAAUACAGAAUGGUGUUGAAGCUGCCAUGAGAACCGCAAUGGAAAAGCUGGUUGCCGAAGGAAUGGAAGAGGCCAAUGCUACAAUAGUAUCCACAAUCGAAGAAAGAGUAACAGAUGCUGGCUAUGGUGUGACGUACAUUCGAUGGGGAAGAAAAGACUGCCCUAAUGGAGCUGAUGUUGUUUAUUCUGGUAAUGCAGGUGGUAAUAUCUACAACAACAAAGGUGGUGGCGUUAAUUAUCUUUGUUUGCCGAAUGAUCCUGAAAAUGGUAACAAACAGUCAUUUGACAACGAUCAGAUUUAUGGUUCUGAGUAUGAAAUAUCAGAAGGUCGAAAGCCAUAUGGAUGGUCCUCAACUGAUUUAAAACAAAAGGAAGUACCUUGUGCUGUAUGUCGGAAGUCGGGCAAAUCAGCAGUAGUGAUGAUUCCUGGAAGAAAAACAUGCUACGGUAAUUGGAAUGCCGAAUAUAACGGUUAUUUAAUGAGCUCACACAAGAACCAUCAAAGGACAGAUUUUACAUGUGUCGAUAUAAAUGCCGAACCAUGUGACGACAGGCCUUCCAAUGAAAACGGUGCUUUGUUUUAUCCAAUCAGAACAAAAUGUGGUAGUUUGAGAUGCCCACCAUACACAGAUGAAGCAGAUUUGCUCUGUGUAGUUUGCACAAAUUAAGACAUCGGCAUACAAAAACUGUGUUCAAUUUGUUUUGUUAUUUUGUAUUGUUAAUAUCUGUUUAAGAUUAAGAAUUUAUUUAACCAAACAUCUAAAUUUAUUGUCGUUUUCAUUCACAUUUAAUUGUAUCUGUAAUAACAAUUGUGUUUUUUUCACGUUCGCUAAUCCUUUUAAAUUUUACAUCCUUGUAUUAUAUUUUCGGAGCCAUCUAAAAUUAGAAGGGUUUUUUUUUGUGUUUUGUUUAAUUUGUUCUGUUCAUUUGUUCUGUUUUUUGGGGUUUUUU